UAUCAGCGUUUGGCAUUUUCUCCAUCCACCACACGCCUGACAUCUACAGAUCAGAGCCAGAAGACAUGGACUUCCGUUCAGUUCUGCGGUGGAUGUUGGUUCACAGAAACUACCUGAUCAUCUUCAUCACACCUAUUGUGAUCCUACCUUUGCCUUUGGUUAUCCCAACACCAGAAGCAAAAUGUGGAUAUGCCAUCAUCCUCAUGGCACUGUACUGGUGCACAGAGUGCAUGCCUUUGGCCAUCACAGCCCUGCUGCCUGUGGUCCUCUUCCCAAUGAUGGGAAUCAUGGAAUCUGGACAGGUGUGUGUGCAGUAUUUAAAGGACACCAAUAUGCUGUUUAUUGGGGGGUUGCUGGUGGCUAUUGCCGUUGAGCAAUGGAACCUCCACAAGCGCAUCGCUCUCCGGGUUCUCCUAAUAGUCGGAGUUCGACCUGCUUUGUUAAUGUUGGGGUUCAUGAUGGUAACAGCCUUCCUCUCUAUGUGGAUCAGCAACACGGCCACCACAGCCAUGAUGUUGCCCAUUUCUCAGGCUGUUCUCGAGCAGCUCAGUGCCACGGAGGCAGAGGCUGAUGAGAAAGAAGGCCAAGACAACCAGGCUUUUGAGCUGGCUGAGGUGUCUAAUACCAAGCCACCUUUGGACAACAGCACCGGGAUCAAACCUGAUAAAAACUCAGAUCUCGAAGCGGGACUCAGUUCACCUUCUGAACGCAGGAGGAUAGAGCGUGAGGCCAAAUAUCUUCAUCUUUUUAAAGGGAUGAGUCUUUCUGUGUGUUAUUCCGCCAGCAUCGGAGGAACAGCUACUUUAACAGGCACCACACCAAAUCUCAUUCUCAAGGGCCAGAUGGACGAUAUUUUUCCACAAAACCCCGAUGUGAUCAAUUUCGCUAGCUGGUUCGGCUUUGCCUUUCCUAACAUGGUGAUGAUGCUCAUUCUGGCUUGGGUUUGGCUUCAGUGCUUAUACAUGGGCUUAAACUUCAAAAAAUCCUUCGGCUGUGGUCAGUCGAACGAGGGAGACAAAGGGGCAUACAAUGUGAUGAAGAACGAAUAUAAGAAACUGGGACGCAUGUCUUUUGCCGAGGGUGCUGUGCUGGUCAUCUUUGUGUUGCUGGUGAUACUGUGGUUCACACGAGAACCGGGUUUCAUGCCGGGCUGGGCCAGUGAGGCUUUUAACAAAAAUGGACAAUACGUCACAGAUGGCACUGUGGCCAUUUUAAUGUCAACCCUGUUCUUCAUCAUUCCAUCACGAGUGGAGUGUUGCUGUAAAAGUACAGAUGGUUAUUGUGAUGAACAAGAAGAAGAUCACCAGGACGAGGACAAACAGGAGAAGAGAGCACCUAAAAAGUUGAAGGCUCCUCCCACUCUUCUGAACUGGAAGGUGGUGCAUGAACGGAUGCCCUGGAAUAUAGUUCUGCUGCUGGGGGGAGGAUUUGCUCUGGCGAGUGGAAGCGAGGAAUCAGGAUUGUCUGUGUGGUUGGGUGAAAGUUUGGCCCCUCUGCAGAGCAUCCCACCCUUUGCCAUCUCUCUGAUACUCUGUCUGCUGGUGGGAAUGUUCACGGAGUGCUCCAGCAACACAGCCACCACCACUCUCUUCCUGCCCAUUCUCGCUUCUAUGGCCACGACUAUCCACCUCCAUCCUCUAUAUGUCAUGCUGCCCUGCACCAUUAGCGCAUCGCUAGCCUUCAUGCUUCCUGUUGCCACUCCACCCAACGCCAUUGCUUUCUCCUACGGCAACCUCAAAGUCUUGGACAUGGCAAAAGCAGGUUUCAUGCUCAACCUCAUUGGUAUUCUGUGCAUCAAUCUCGGCAUCAACACGUGGGGAAGAGCCAUGUUCCAGCUCGACACCUUUCCCACAUGGGCAAACAGCACGUGGGUCAACAAUACACAUGGAACACCAUGAUCAGCUUCUUACUGGAUCUUUUGGUUUAGAGAAGUACUGAAGGGGAGGGAAUUCAAAUUUUGUCAUGAAGUGCAGAACAGCAUUACAGUAAGCAGUUUUAUAUCAUAAUCCUCAGCCCUCAUUGCUGACCUCUGGAGCAAAAGCUCAAUUCCCUCGCAAACAAGCACUCAUGGCCAAAUAAUCCAUAUGGAUUCACGACCUUUAUGCCUGGAAUUCUGUAUCCCAUGCUUCAGUAUUUAAUGUCACUCCAGUUGGCUCCACAUAACGCUUUUGCUGGCCCAUUGUGGUAGAAGAAGAUGUAGAUUCAUCAGCAAGAUUCAUAUAUUUAGGGCUUUGGUUUUUAGGAGCUCUUUUGGUCUUCCAUUUGUGCUAGUUCACGAAAAUGUAAUUUAUAGGGUCUCGUUCAGACCAUUUAUAUUUCUGAUCCCUUUUUGGAUCACUGAGCGUGUAUUUACUUUUUAAUACAUAGUUGAAUGUCUGUAAAUUCACAUAUACUCCAAUCCAAUCUUUUUGUACGGAAUGUUUUAUGCACAUCAGUGCUGUCAAUUCGAUUAAUAAUAAUUGUGAUUAAUCGGUUCCAAAAUAAAUGUUUGUGUUUAUAUAA